GCGCGGCGGCGCCGGGACCGCGGCGCAGCCCCGGGGACAGGGCUCGGCCCGGCGGCGCCGCCGCCCCCGGGACGGACGCGCCCGCGGCAAAAUGGGCGCCCUGGGCCUGGCCCUGGGGAUUUUCCACUACCUGGGGUUCUACCUGCAGCUCGGCGCCGCCUCCCGGCACCCCCCGUGGGACGCCCAGGCGGUGGGCAGCGCCCUCUUCACCGAGACCCCCCACGACAUGACGGCGCGGGCAGGCGAGGACGUGGAGAUGGCUUGUUCCUUCCGAGGCAGCGGCUCCCCCUCCUACUCCCUUGAGAUUCAGUGGUGGUACGUCCGCAACCACAGGGACUGGACGGACAAACAGACAUGGGCUUCCAACCAGCUGGACCCAUCACUGCAGGAGGAGCCGGGGAAGGAGGCAACAAAAAUAAGCGUGGUGAAGGUGGUCGGCAGCAACAUCUCCCACAAGCUGCGGCUGUCGCGGGUGAAGCCGUCGGACGAGGGGACCUACGAGUGCCGGGUGAUCGACUCCAGCGACGGCAACGCGCGGCACCACAAGGUGAAGGCUUACCUGCGGGUGGAGGCGGUGGGGGCCGUGGGGCACCCCCAGGACACCCAGCUGCAGGGGGCCCCGCUGCCAGACCCCGCACCGGGCCCGGCCCACGCACACCCACACCCCCACAAAGCCGGCAAGGAGCUGAGGAAGCGCUCGGCGGACGCCUCCUGCCUGCUGUAGGCAGGCGGUGCCAG